UCUGAACCUCUGCCGUUCGGAGGCAGUUAUAAAAGCGUUUCCGUUUCUCCUUCUGAGCGUAAAACAAUGAGCGUCUUUAUAGGAGGACACGUUUAAACCCUCGGCAAAAUCGGGACUAAUGUAUAUUGUACGAUUUGGGAUGUAAUUGAAUUACAAGGCUGCAAAUAAACGCAGGGGUGAGGCAUAUUUAUGAAUAACGUUGAACCUGUGAUCAUGUGCUGAUCAGGUAAUAAGGACCUCUGCACCCUUUUUCAUGUAAGGAGAUCUUCGGCAAGCAAAUAAACAAGUAGUUGGAGAUACAGUGGAUUGAAGGAACCGUGAAGGGAAGUAAGAGCAGUGAGACUGACUACUGAAAGCUGCAGAAUUGAAGCCACUGAUACUGUACUCAGGACCUGGCAAUGGUCGGGAGACUCAAUUUGCGCAAUGUGUGUGAUGAUGACCUGCUGGAGAUGAAUCUGAAAGCUGAGAGACUGCUGGACAGUCCGGACUCUGGUCUGCCUCCAAGCCCCAGUGUGAGCCCGAGCCCGUGGCUGAGUGGGGACAGGAGUGGGGACAGGAGUGGGGACAGGAGCACUGCAAGCUCCGUGUGUGAGGACGAGAGCAGAGCUGUGACUCCUGCUACGGGUUCUCUUAAGCUCGUUAGAGGUGUCUCACAAUUGCACCCAUUUUCCUACGGUGAGGGAAUUGAGCUCGAUCCUCUGCCUCCAAAAGAGUUAAGAUACACAUCGUCGGUGCGCUAUGAUUCAGAUCGCCACUAUAUCCAAGAUGUGUCUUUAGAGCCCACAGGUUUGGGCCUGGAGCUGUGCAGCCAGACAAUUAUAGCUGUUUCAGAGAGCACAUGGAGACGAUAUAAAACCCAGUUGGUGUUCGAGCCUCGUCAGAGGGUGCAGCGCUAUCGGACCACCACCAUUGUGUACCCUAAACAUGCCAGGACCCUGUACACAACACAGCUCAGCUAUGAUGGACGCAAGCUGGCCAAGCGCUUCCUGUCUAGUGUGGAAUUAGAGGUGUCUGAAUGUAAAGCCAAACAAUCUUAAAGGAAGAGGAACCUUUUGGAAAAAGGCUAAAAACAUAUGUCCAUCCUUAUUCUCUAAAGACCAUGUACAUCAUUGAGGGUUUUUAGAACCGAAUGAGUGAAAUUGCCAAACUAUGUACGCUAAUGGUUUCCUUAGUGGUUGGUUUUUGAAGGAUGAAGUAUCGUCCAUCUGGAGAAUAAGAUAGGUUUGAAUGUUACUGCUAUACAAAUGUAUAUUACAUAUUUUAAGUAACAUUUGCUUCCCUGUCGGUUUUUACAUUCUGCCCAGUGAUGUUGAUCCGUCACAUUUAAAGUUUUAUUGUAAUAUAGUAGUAGAGAAAAGCUCAUAAAAAAACACAAGUGUUGUAAACAGGAAACAGAUACAGGAAGAUAAUGUAAGUGAUGAAAUAGGAAAGGUCUGAUAGAGAGUAAAAUUCAUUACAGCCUUUGUAAAAUGUUCAGGAUGUUGCUUAUUGGGUUGAUGUCAUACUUGGUUGCUUCAGUGGUGUCUAAAUUCAAUAUUAUGUGCGUCAGUAAUCUGUGGUUUGUAAAUUGUUCUUUUGAUAUAGUGGGAUAGUGAGAUAGUGUAAGAUGUUGCACAGUCAUGAGGGUGAGAACAGGCAUAUGAGUGCCUGAAACACAAGAUUGAAUAAGAUGUUCGAGGUUUUCUAUGUCUACUACUGUAAGCUUACAUUUAGGCUUUACUUUUUUACAUUUCAUAUCACUUCUUCUUCUCAAUUUCACAUUCAUUUAGGUGUUUCUUUUUUACAAACAUUUCACAUCAAAAAUAUGCUUGUUGUUUGUAUUUCUUUUAAAGCACCCAGCUGCAGUCAGAAUGAGGAAGGUUACGGUUUGUUCUAAGAGUAACGGAAGUGUUUAGAAUGUUUGUGCAAACGUGAAUUGCAGAACUAGCAGCACAGUAUCAUUGUUUAUUUGCAACAACUUUACCUGUUUUACAGCGCUUACAGAUUAGUCAUGCAAAGAUCUAGAAAUAAUUGUUGCAGUAUAUUUAUUUAAAGCUUUUUAAAGGUUUCAAAUGUACACAACACAAGUACUUCAACUGUGCUACAUUAAAGUUAAACAUUGAUUUAA